AUGGACUCGACGACCGCCGCCACCGACAAGGCCCCGACGAGGCCGUACAAGUGCCCCUAUCCAUUGUGCGGGCGCGCCUUCAGUCGACUCGAACACCAGACCCGCCACAUACGCACCCAUACCGGCGAAAAACCCUUUGCAUGCACGUUCCCCUCGUGCGAGAAGCGCUUUUCUCGCUCUGACGAGCUCACCCGUCACUCGCGCAUACAC